AUGAAGCUGGGAUUGGGUUUGUUAUCUCACCAAGCCCUCCAAUUGAGCACUGCGAAGCUUCACUAUGCAAGUUUCCAUGCACGAUUCGUUCCACAUCUGGUGUUGGAUGAUGAAUUUGAAGUUGCCGAGAGGUUAGUGGAAGAAAGGAAGGAGAGAGAGAGGAAGAAGAAGAAGAAGAAGGGUGGGUUUAAGUUGAGGAUUAAGAUUGAGAACGAGUUACUAAGGCGGCUACUGAGUGGUGCUGUUGCCGGUGCGGUUUCAAGGACCGCAGUGGCCCCAUUGGAGACCAUAAAGACUCAUUUGAUGGUGGGGAAUUCUGCGAAUUCUAUGGCCCAAGUGUUUGAUAAGAUCACCAUGGCAGAGGGUUGGAAAGGCCAGUUUAGAGGCAAUUUUGUCAAUGUCAUUCGUGUGGCUCCGAGCAAGGCGAUUGAGGUCUUUGGUUUAGCCACUUUCAUUUCUUAUGCUUAAGGACUCUGUUAAAUUGUUCACCAUGGCAGUGAAUUGCUUCUGUUGUCUUUGUAUGAACUC